ACCUGCCUUGUGUUGUUAUGUCCAGUGUUGCUGUUGCAGAUUACAAAUUAUAUACUGUGCACUGUACAAAAUGUACUCAGAUCCAUGCUUUCGAAAUGAAGUGUUUCGAUGUAUUUGAAAUCGCAGAUGGCUCCUAACAAGAAGGGUGAGAAGAAGAAGCGCUCUGCCAUGAAUGAGGUGGUGACCCGGGAAUACACCGUCAACCUCCACAAGAGAGUCCAUGGCAUGGGUUUCAAGAAGCGUGCUCCCCGGGCAGUGAAGGAGAUCCGUAAGUUUGCUGAGAAGAUGAUGGGCACCCCCGAUGUUCGCAUCGACACACGGCUCAACAAGCAAGUCUGGGCCAAGGGUGUCAGGAGUCCCCCAUGCAGGCUGAGGGUCCGUCUGGCCAGGAAGAGGAACGAAGACGAGGACUCGCCCAACAAGCUUUACACCCUGGUCACAUACGUCCCCGUCACAUCCUUCAAACGUCUGGGGACGGUGAAUGUGGAGAGUGAGGACUAGACAAAUACAUUACCAACAUCUAAUGUAAUAAAAAAUAUCUCGGGAAUGU